CAUCCUCAUCCUCAUCCUCACCCACAUUCUCACCCGCAACCGCAGUCACAUCUCCAGUCGGUGCAGCAUCUUGGCCAGCAUCAGCCACUGCCCGCCCUGCUCCCUGGCCACCCAGCCAGCACCCACUUCGUGGAGUGCCGGGCAUUACCAGCAAUCAACGAGACAUUUCCGCAAUUUGGCCAGCAUCGUCCGGCUAUUUCGCUGCUCUCCCCCUUGGAUCUUUCACUGCGGGCUGCGGCCAGUGUAGUGCCAAUUACUCCACCAUCGACGCCCUCGCCGCCUCGCAAGCGCCAGAGAUUAAUGUCCGAGGAGAAUUACCUGUGGCGUCCGCACAUGGCGAGUCCUGCCGCUUUAGCUCCAGCUCCAGCUCCAGUUGUUCCAGCCGCAGGACCUUCGAGCCUGGCCAUGCAGCCGAGCUACUUUCACCAGCAUCAUCAUCAGCAGCAGCAGCAACAGCAGCAACAUCAACCACAACAGCAACAUCAUCAGCAAUAUGCCACACGCAGCAGCUUGGAGGGCGCUUCCUUUAAUAAAAGUCAUUUUCACGGGACGAAAAAUAACUUUGAGCAAAUUCCGGCGGGUCAAUCGAGCGUCAGCUCGCCCAUCUACGUGGAAGAUGAGACCAUUGUGCUGACCGAGGACGAGGAUGAAACAGUUGUCAGUUCCCAUGACUACAACGAGUACGCCACGGACACGGAGGAAGUCAACGAGGGCGACGAUGAGACGAAGCAGGUACAAGUCAGCGAUAAUGGCGACGAUGAUGAGGAGGAGGUGUUUGUCGAUGUCCUCGGCAGUGACGACGACGAGGAUGAGGCGGUGGACCCGGUGGCCACAAGAUUGCAGGCCCAACUAAUGGAGACUACCGCCCUGAAACGCAAUGAACUGUUGUAUGAGGAUGAGGAGCUGCACAAACAGGCGGUAAAUGGUUUGGCCAGGCUCUUUGAUAGGGAUUUUCCGGAACCAGAUGUGGAGGUCAGCGAACUGGCGGAUGUCCAGAGCAACAGCGGGAAGACCUACACAGAUCUGAGUGGCGUGGCAACGGUGGAGAGUAGACCCCCAGCUAGUUCCGUCAACCUGGCAACGCUUCCUCCUCCUCCGACUUGUUCUAUCCCUACUACACCUCCACUUCCACUUCCACCUCCACCCAUAUCUCGACCCCACAAGGCCGAACGCAGGAGGUCGAAGCUACGGAAACACAUGGCCAUCGAUGAGGAGACCAUAAGCCCAGUUUCCGGCACCAUCAUUCGCAAGCUGCGCGACGACGAGGAGCUGGUGGUGCGCAAAGGUGACAUUGAUCCGGCUUUCAAUGUGGUCGAAAUCACCGAGGAGGCCAAGGCCAUCCUGGCCAGCAUCGACAACAAGAUUGGCGACUACAUGUGCCAGCUCUGUCGCACCGUCUACGAUGACGCCUUCAUGUUGGCCCAGCACCGCUGUCCCCGCAUCGUCCACAUCGAGUACAAGUGCUCCGAGUGCGAUAAGGUCUUCAAUUGCCCGGCCAACUUGGCCUCCCAUCGCAGAUGGCACAAGCCGAAGGCGGAUGCGGCCGGCUCUAAUCCCGCCAAGAAACGGGUUGUGGAAACGGGCGAUCUGACUCAGGAGGCGACUAGGAGCGGCGAUGAUGCCAGCGAUGGCAUUUAUCCUUGCCACAUAUGCGGAAAGACUUUCCGACGUCAAGCUUACCUGAAGAAACACCAGGCCUCCCAUCAGAUGUUGGAUAAUCUGAAGAACCUGGAUUUCUUCAAGUCCCAGCAGCAGCAGUUGGCCAUCAGUGGCCACCAGUUGCCCGAUCAUGUCCAGCUGCAGCACACAACUGGACAGGCGGUCCCACCCGCCGCUUCCUACGCCUCCCUGCCACGCCCACCGCCUGGCAUGCCCAUCUACCCGCCGCCAAGUGGUAAGACCUAUGCGGGUGGACAACGCUUUCCGGGAUUUCCCUUUCAGUCCUUCGAUCAGCGGCGCUUCUACUCUCUCGGAGAAUUCUACCUAUCGCAGCACUUGGAGCGAUCCUCGGCCUUCCAAUACGUGCAGGCCAAUCACCUGAGACAACUGUCGAAUGUGGCCCAAACUUUGAUGCCUCCUCUGCCCGUCAAAUGACCCAAUCCCAAUAACAAUGUCCUGCGGCCGGUGCCUCGCAUUGCGGCAACAACGACGGCAACAGGACCUCCGGCGGCAGCAACAACAACCAGG